AUGGACGACCGCACCAACAAAGCAGGUGCGACCACUCACGUCGAGACAGAGAAUGCAACUGCAGAGGGACUCAGCUAUAAUCACCAGCCCCAGCCUGUCAAUGAGCUCAUAGCAGCUGCUCAGCGCGGCGACCUCGAUUCCGUCCGCAGGCUCAUCGACUCGGGCGAGGCCACCGUCAACGACCGCGAUGACCAAAACGUCACCCCGCUCCACUGGGCAGCCAUCAACGCCCAGCUCGCCACAUGCCGCUACCUCCUCGACCAAGGCGCCGACGUCGACGCCAUCGGCGGCGACCUCCAAGCCACGCCCCUCCAGUGGGCCGCCCGCUCCGGCUACCUCUACGUCGUCCAGCUCCUCAUCGCCCACGGCGCCGACCCCAACGUCUCCGACACCCAGGGCUACAACGCCCUCCACCUCGUCACCCACUCUUCCGCCGUCAUGCCCCUCCUCUACGUCCUGCACCAGCCCGUCACUGUCGACGCCCGCGACGCGCAGGGGCACACGUCCCUCAUGUGGGCCGCGUACCAGGGCGACGCGCUCUCCGUUGACCUGCUGCUCAAGCACGGCGCGAGUCCGAAUCUGAAAGACGACGCGGGGCUGACGCCGCUCCACUGGAGCGUCGUGCGUGGGAACAGGGUCGUGAUCAGACGGCUGGUCGAGAUGGGCGGGGAUAUACAUGCAAAGGACGCGGAGGGGCGGACGCCCCGCGAUAUGGCGGUCGAGCUUAAGAGUCUGGGCGCGUGGAAGCGCGCGCUGGAGGAGGGCGGGAUGAACGAGUACGGCGUGCGCGCGUCGCAGCCGCUCAGCGAGCGCAACACGAAGAUCGCGAUAUUCGUCAUCCCCGCUGUGUUCUUCUACCUCAUCUUCACGACGCUCGCUAUCUUGCCGUGGUACACGGGCAUCAUCCUCGCCAUGGCCGAGUUCUUCGCCAUGCAUCAUAUCGUGACCCGCGUCCUGCUCAACAAGAACACAUACACCGGGACCGUCAACCAGAGCCCGUACUUUGCAGGCAUCAUCGCCGCCUCCCUCAUCUGGGUCGGCUUCUGCUGGGCCCGCCGUCUCCUCGGCCAAACCGAAUCGCACCCGUUCGUCCACCUGGGCUUCGCGCUCUCGCUCGGCCUCUGCGCGUACAACUUCUUCCGCUCGAUCACGCUCGACCCGGGUCUGUGUCCCAAGCCGGCGAACGACGGCGAGCUCAAGGCGAUCAUCGAAGACCUCGCGUCGGAGGGCCGGUUGAAUGGGCAGACGUUCUGUAUACAGUGCAUGGCAAGGAAACCGCUGCGCUCGAGACACUGUCGGAACUGCGAUCGGUGUAUCGCGCGGAGCGAUCAUCACUGCCCGUGGGUGUGGAAUUGCGUCGGCGCGGGAAACCACCGGCAGUUCCUCGUCUUUGUGACGACGCUUGUUGUUGGCAUUGGUCUCUUUGACUAUCUCACCUACGAAUACUUCUCCAACGCCCUCGCAGCCGCAUCCGACGCCUCGACAUACCCCGUAUGCUCCGCGCUGCUCUGCGAAGCGGCCUCGAUCGACGCGUUCCUGCUCUGCGUCGCGCUCUGGGCGACCCUGCAGCUCUCCUGGACGUCCGUGCUCCUCCUCAGCCAGUUCUGGCAGGUCGCGCGGCAGCUCACGACGUUCGAGGUGUCGAACCUCGGCCGGUUCGGGUUUAUGGGCGGCCGCGGCGGGCUUGCGGCGGGCGGUGCGGGUGCGGGGAUGCAGAUGGGGCAUCAGCAUCGGGGGCAUGCGAGUGCGGGUGGGCAUGGGCAUGGGCAUGGGCAUGCCCACGCCCAUGAGGCUGCGGGUGGCGAGGACGGCGAGGGCGCGCAGGAAGGCGCGGAAGGCGGCGGCGGCGGCGCGCCCAAGCACGCGCACGCGCACAGGCGCUCGCUGUGCGGCGGGCUGAGCGCCCCGGGGACGUGCGGCGCGUUCGUGCUGAACCUGACCGGGCUGGACCGGUUCACGCGCGGGCGCGCGGCGCGCGGGCUGCAGCUCGCGUCGAGCAAGGACGGCGCGGCGCGGAAUCCGUUUGAUCUGGGGGUGGUGAGGAACUGUAGGGACUUUUGGACGAUGGGGCGCGAGGUGGGGGUCGAGUAUGGGAGCGUGUAUGAUGUGCCGAUGGAGGGGUUCGAGGAGGCGAGAAGGAGGAGGGAGGCGGAGCGCGAGGAGCAUGAUGGGGUUGGGCGGGGAGGUGGGGCGGGCGGUCUUGGUGGCAGUGGCAGUGGAAGCGGGAGUGGGAGUGGGAAGGGCUUGUUGGCGAGGUUGGGGCUGAGGAUGGGCGCAGGGAGGAGGGGGUAUGAGCCGCUGAGCCAGGUGUAG